AAAUCUCCAUCACUUCCACGGUGCUUUGCUCUUUAAAACCGUGUUGCCCCCCCGGCACGCAAGUGGGCAACUUCGCUGUUGUUAUCUGACGGCGGGGGGACGAUCGAAGGGGUCAUGCCAGUGGACGUGGUGUUGGACGGCCCGGCCCCCUGGGGGUUCCGCCUGACGGGAGGAAAGGACUUCAACCAGCCCCUGACUAUCUCCAGGAUCACCCCCGGCAGCAAGGCCGCCGUGGCCAACUUGUGCGCGGGGGACGUCAUCGUGGCCAUCGAGGGGGCCGCGGCCGCCGACAUGCUGCACUGCGAAGCCCAGAACAAGAUCAAAGAGUCCGCCAGUCGGCUCUGUCUCAGCGUGGAGAGGAAUGAGUCGAGGCUGUGGUCCCCUCGCGUGGUGGAGGAAGGCAGAGCUCAUCCAUACAAAAUCAACCUGGAAUCAGAACAGCAGGAGUUCAAACCCAUCGGCACCGCUCACAACCGCAAGGCUCAGCCGUUUCUCGCGGCAGCGAACAUCGACGACAAGCGCCAGGUGGUCAGUACGUCCUACAACACCCCGAUAGGCCUUUACUCCUCCGGGAACAUCCAGGACGCCAUGGAGGGCCAGAUGAGAGGCAUCGUCCACCCCAAGCCCGACAGCCCCAGGGCUCUGACCAGCAUCGAGGAUUCUGACGUGUACCGGAUGCUGCAGACAGACCAGGAGGAGCAGCAGGAGCCGCGACAGUCUGGCUCCUUCAGAGCGCUGCAGGACUUCAUCGACAGUGAUGGCACGCGUCCCAUUGUGACCAGGACAGUGAAGGCCCCCACGACCAAGCCGACUGCGCCCACAGGAAACCUGCAGAAGCUGCCCGUCUGCGACAAGUGUGGGAACGGGAUUGUCGGGACGGUGGUGAAAGCGCGCGACAAAUAUCGCCACCCGGGCUGCUUCGUGUGCUCCGACUGCGACGUCAACCUCAAACAGAAGGGCUACUUCUUCGUGGAGGGGCAGCUCUACUGCGAGAGCCACGCCCGGGCCAGGAUGAGACCACCGGAGGGCCACGACCUCAUCACGACUUACCCGACUGCAUAGAUCACCCCCCCCCCCGCCCAACAAACACACACACACACACACACACACACACACACACACACACACACACACACACACACAAGCACCUACACAAGGGACACAUGCAAACCGACACACACUUCAGCAAACACUCCUGACGUCUAAGGUGAUCAUCGGCACUUUGAAGCUAUGUGCCAUCUACGGAAGACUACUAGGGCCUAAGGGCAUAAGCAAAAACAGAAAGAAGAAAAGAAAUAUUAUAUCGAGAAUAAAAAAAAUUGUGGAAGCACUUUUUCAGCAGCACCAAACAACAGGAUGUUGAUGUUUUGUUAGCCAGUUUGCUAAGCUAACGCCAGCUGCUAACCGAGUUGUAAAUUUGCGAUAUUAUUAUGAUUGACAGGCUGAAUCUGGAAGAAAGGACGCGGUGGCGACGGGUGUUUUCACGUGAACGUUAACGCGUGUCCCGACACGAUAAGCGCUCAACUGCAAACAACCGGGAAUGAAUUUUGAGAGGCGUGCCGUUACCGAAGCUUAGCGUAGCUUCGCUAAUGUUAGUUAACGUGGAUGUGUGACAGCGGAACUGGUACCACAACACGGACGUUUAGGGCUGUUUCCACUUUAUUCUCGACAUUCUCUUAAUGUUAAAUACAUAAAUAAAAGAUUCCCCUUUAAUUAAUUUUUCUUAUGCCUGGCCCUAAUACGUAGCAAUCACAUUUCAGCGAAAAAUACACUGUUGUGUUGAGGAUACGCUCGAUGGAACAGUUCGAUGUGUUGACCUGUAAAUAUCCCACCUGCGUAAUAUCACCACAUACCGCAGGUGGGAAUUGAACAGCCUGCCUCUGUGUUUCUUGCCAAUUUCUCACAAUCUGAUGUCUUUUCAAUAAAGACCCUCUGUUUAUACUGUAUGAUGACAUGUGCACGUACGAAAACCACAACCUGCAGGUAUUAAAUAAUUAAUGAUUUCAACCUUUCAUCCCUGACGUUGCCUUUUUAAUGUUGUGUUUUUCAAAACCCCGAGAGUGAAUUGUAAUAGCACUGGCAGACAUUGAGCAACCUUUUAUCUAACACCAUUAAUAAGUCCAUAAAUUCAAUUCCCCCAAUACUUUGACUAAUGAUCCCGAUACCCAGCGCCAGCUGUACUUUUCUGUUUGCAAUAAAAAGACUUAUUGAUCAGCA